AUGGAAGAAGGAAGUGAGUCAACGAGAUACUGGUGUCAUGUAUGCAACAGACUGGUUGAAACGUUCAGGGAGGCUGAGACGAUCAAAUGUUCGUCAUGUAACGGCGGAUUCGUGGAGGAACAUGAUAGCGUAAGGGCUGAUGAUCACAACCACCAACACCAACUCGCCGGAGAUUCGGAAUCUGACCGUGCUAUGUCAUUGUGGGCUCCAAUUUUGCUUGGAAUGAUGAGUAACCCUCGCCGGCGACGCAGGUUCAGACAAAUUGAUAACAACGAGGAAAACGAUGAGAAUGAAGAUCAUAACGAGUCCGAAGAACGCUACCGUCGUUACCACCGUGAAGGCGGAGAGUCGGAAUUGGACAGGGAGUUGGAGUCUAUUAUGAGAAGGCGGCGGCGAAGCUCCGCCGCUAUCGUUCAACUCCUUCAAGGGAUUCGCGCCGGAAUGAUAACGCAAUCGGAGAAUAGCGCUGAUAGGGAGGGCGGAGAAAGUAACAGAGAUCGAGAUCGUGUUAUUUUGAUUAAUCCGUUUAGUAACACAAUCAUUGUCCAGGGUGGUGGCGGUGGUGCAAAUUCAUUUGACUCCUCCGGCGUCGGCGGCCCACAGAACCACCCAAUCGGAUCCCUAGGCGAUUACUUUGUGGGCCCCGGACUGGAAUUACUCCUCCAGCAUCUCGCGGAGAAUGAUCCAAACCGGUACGGAACACCACCGGCCAAAAAAGAAGCAGUGGAGGCCAUGCCGAUAGUGAAAAUCCAGGAAGAUUCCGUUCAAUGUUCAGUUUGUUUGGAAGAUUUCCAGAUCGGAGAUGAAGCAAAAGAGAUGCCAUGUAAACACAGGUUUCACGGCGACUGUAUCCUGCCAUGGCUAGACCUUCACAGUUCAUGUCCAGUUUGCAGGUAUCAGUUACCUUCCGAUGAAUCCAAACUCGAACGAGACCGGGAAGCUUCCCGUGCUAUCACUGUCAACACCAACGUGAUCGCCGGAGAAUCUGAGAUCGCCGGAGAAGACGGUUCCGGUUCCUCCCGGCGACUUUCUGGUCGUCGGACUCAGGGUCGGGUCCGCCGGAGAGCGGAGGUGGUCGGAGGGAUGAUGAUAAUCAAUGAACCCGCAGCUCAGCUGUAA